CCUGUGAUUGGCUGGUGGCGCUGAGCGGUGACCGAGGCGCCGGUCUAGGAAGAAGCAUUUUACGGAAGAGGACGUUGUUUUGAAAUGGUUAUAGCUGUAUUACUGUAGCUAUGUGAAGGAAUGCUAAGACCUGUUUGCACGAGCAGAAAAUGUGUAUGGUCAGAAGGCAGAAGUGUCUUAUAACGAACUCAUAAGAGUUUAAUUCAGCUGCUUGCUGCACUGUUCGGUCGUGUGUUGCUGAUUCACUGUCGCACACAUUUAUUCGACAGUGUCCAGACCUUGAAGAGUGAAAAGAUGGCUUCUGUCGGACACUUGGUUUGCAGGCGAUGGUUGUGUGGUCUCGGCAGAUCACCAGCAGUUCCCAGACUCAGCAGGUCGCUCACCACCUCCAGCACACGCAGGAGCAUCAUGCCAGCCUGGGUCAUUGACCAAUACGGAGGCAAUGAUGUUCUACGGUUCACUAAAAACGCCAGUUUCCCCAUCAUCAACUACCCCAACGAGGUCAUCGUCAAAGUGUGUGCGGCAGGGCUGAACCCACUGGACGUCAGCAUGAGAGGGGGCUAUGGUGCCGCUACACUCUCGAUGAAGAGGGACCCUCUGCAUAUCAAGCAGUCGGGCAGCGAGUUCCCUCUCACCCUGGGGAGGGAUGUGUCGGGGGUCAUCAUGGAGUGUGGCUUGGAUGUGAAGUACUUCAGUGAAAGGGACGAGGUUUGGGCAGCGAUCCCACCAUGGAAACAGGGCAGCUUGGCUGAGUUUGUGGUGCUUAGUGCCAAUGAGGUGUCCCACAAACCAAAGUCCCUGAGCCACCCAGAGGCAGCCGCCAUUCCAUAUGUAGCAACCACUGCCUGGUCAGCACUGGUCAACACCGGUGGUCUCAGUAAGGACAACUGUGCCAAGAAGCGGAUCUUGAUCCUCGGAGGAUCUGGGGGCGUGGGAACCUUUGCUAUACAGAUGCUUAAGGCGUGGGGGGCCCAUGUGACUGUUACCUGCUCCCAGGAUGCCGAGCGGCUUGUAAGAGGGCUUGGGGCGGACCACGUGGUGGACUACACAGCUGGACCUGUCGAGGUGCCACUCAGUGCACUGGAGAAAUUCAACCUGAUCCUGGAUAAUGUCGGUGGGGACACGGAGCGUUGGGCGUUGGAUCUGCUUAAGCCCUGGAGCGGCGCCAAGUAUGUCACCCUUGUGACACCGUUCCUCCAGAACACUGACAUGCUGGGCAUCGCUGAUGGCAUGAUGCAGACUGCUGCUACCGUGGCCACCAAGGCCCUCAAGCACCUCGUUAAAGGAGUUCACUACCGGUGGGGAUUCUUUGCACCAAGUGGCCCUGCACUGGAUGAUAUAAGGGAAAUGGUGGAUGCAGGACAGAUCCGACCUGUGGUGGAGGAGACGUUCCGAUUUUCCCAGGUGCCCCAGGCCCUGGAGAAGAUGGAGAAGGGUCACGCCCGAGGAAAGACUGUAGUCCAGGUCAUUAACGAGGGCGAUGACUCAUAGCCAUGACUCUUGGGCACUGUGCUUUUCUCUGAACGACUAUGAAACAAAUGAUAUCAGUGAAUGAAAAAACUUCAGGUCCUGGGUUGUUGCAUCCCCAGCUGCAAACAAACAUACUGUAUAUAAACAGUCGACAUGGUCACUACAGUUA